AUGAAGCUUCUGACUUUAUCUUUGUCGACAUUGUUCUCGACUUUAGCUUACAGCUCAACAUUAACAGGAAUAGAAGCAGCAGCAGGGGCAGGAGCAGGAGCAACAGAAGCACCAGCAACUGUGUAUUUCUUCACUCAUGGAAGUUCCAUUUCAUACAAUAGCAAUAAGGACCAUUGUGAUGUGCCUUUGUUGGACUUGAAGGAAACCCGUGCCACAUUAGCUCAUUGGUUGAACUUAGGACCACUCUCCAAGAGUCAUGAGGAAAAGGAUACAUUUGUCAACAUUCAUGGUCCGAUCCAACAGGUGUUGAAUAAUCAACCUGGCAUGGUUAGGAAGGAUAUGUUUGAAACUAUUGAUGCAAACCUGAUGAUGGUCAUUGAAGGAGUAAAUGACUCUCAAGAUCUACUUCCUUUGCUUGAUCCUGUCUUCAAGAUUGAUACUAGUGAAGGUAUCCAAGAUAUCAUCACAGAACUGGGCAACACCAUCCCUGAGGGAAAUAGACAUCUCUUCAACACUCACAAGUCUUCAAAAUCAGGAAAUGCGCUGGCAAAUGCGCACCUUCUUGAGGAGCAUCAUACCAAUAUCGAUAUCAAUGUCUUUGAUCUUGACAAGAGGGCUGAUGCGUUGUUCCUGGAGGAAUCUGUGUCGCUACGCAAUUACUUGGACCAAUACCGCACCCAGUAUGGAAAUGACAACUCCGAUUUCUUCCGCGUCACAAUCAAAGGUCUAGCUGCUCUUGCAUCUGAACAUGGCGUUGAUUCUGUUCAGUACAAGACUGCUCAACAAGUCUUGAAGGAGUUUUUGGCGGAUACCCUUAUCCCCAAAUUCGGACAAAUCCACAAGAAGUUCACUGCUACCAUUAUCACAGUUGCACCUUUGGCCCAUCAUGAGUUUGAAUCAUCUUCAUCCUUCAAUGAAAACCCUCUGUUGAAAGCCUCAGCUCCUUCUAACCGAUUGAAGAAACGCGCUUUGCCUCAGAAUGGACACUGUUUUGAGACUGAAGCAGAUUGCCAGACGAAUACGAAUGGUUGUAACGAGCAUGGAUCCUGUGUGUUCAGUAUUGCAGCCAACUGCUUUACUUGCAAGUGUAGCCGCGUCAACAAUACCCAGUAUGGAGGCAAGACUUGCGACAAGAUUGAUGUGUCGGUCGAAUUCCAUUUAUUCUUCUGGCUAGGUCUGGGCUUGAUCUUGACCGUUGCCGUGGCUGUGGGCAUGAUCGUUCAAAUGGGUAACCAUUCUCAAGGAGGUGUGCCCGUUGGUCCUACGAGGGCGCAACUGAAGCGGGAUUAA